AGCUCUGCGGGGCGAUGUCCUCGCUGGUGAAGGAGGACCUGGCGAAGAGGCUGUUCGGCCCCCGGCGGCAGAGGCUGCACGAGUUCAUCGAGGUGGAGGGCGCGGGCGCGCAGCGCUACUACCUGUGCGCCGCAGUAACUAAAAAUAAGGAAGUAGAAAUAUGUAUGGUUAAACACUGGCGUGUGGAUCGAGAGGAGAAAUAUGAAAUAGUUGAAAAGUGGUUUUUGAAAGAUCUGGAGAUGAUUGAUGGAAAAGAAGCAGAUACAGAUAAUCCAUAUUUUGAUAUGCAUUUCCACAAAGUCUACAAUAUGGAAGCAUAUAGUUGUGCAUCUAAAUAUACCUUUGCUCGAACACUAAACAAACUGAAUGCCAUGUACCUUAAGAAGGACUUCAAGAUUGUGAACUUUGAUGACACCUACCUAAAUGAUGAUUCAAUCUGGUCAUCCAGCAAUAGAGAUUUCUUAGUAGUUAUGAGGGUUUGCUUCUAUGCUUCCAACCUUUUAUGUCUCUCCCUCUGUCGUUUCUCCUAA